AUGGCCGAUGGUUUGAAGAAGUUUACUGUGGAAAACUCUGUAGAAAAUCAAGAUAUACUUCUUUUCCAACAUUGGGGUCACAUGAGCUUCGUCCUAAGAAAGCUCGAUGUCACGAGGACUGAAAAGGCACAUAACCCUGCCCUCACCCCUAGCGCGGUUGGUCGCCCACUAGGGAAUGGCCCAUGCUUGGCCGACAUGAAUGAUAACAUAGGUGAAAAUGUUGUAGGUGAGAAAAAGAGACGAGGCAGGCCGAGGAAAGCUAAUGCACCUGUCAUUGAUGGUUCCACCUCUCGUAUAUCGGGAAAGAACCAAGUGCAUGAAAAUGAAAGUGUCAAUGUCAUUGUUCCUUCAAAAAAAGCAAAACACAUGCUUCCGAGCGUUCCCUUGAUCAUUCCAUCUGAAUUCUUUGAGAAACACAUGCCUAUUGCUAAGACUACCAUUGUCCUGCGAAACUCAAUUCAAAAAAUGUGGACUGUGUCUAUUAUUCCACUCGGAUCGUACCAUGCGUUCUCAAACGGUUUUCAAGCAUUUGUCGAGCAGAAUAAUCUCAAGUCGGGUGAUACAUGCGUAUUUGAGCUUGUUGAGAGUAACCUGAUGCAGGUCCAUUUCUUUUAUGACUACCCUAAGAUGUUAUUGUCGUGUUGGUAA